AUGGAAGACGCAAGCGCCCCCACGUCGAAGAAGGGCGCGAAGAAGGCCGAGGCCAAGGCGAAGAAGGAGGCCCUGAAGGCCCAGCGCGCUGCCGAACUCGCCGCCGCCGCCGCCGCCAACCUGAACCUCGAGGACGACCCCGCCAAGGACAACUAUGGCAACAGUCAGACCACGACCCCGCCCUUCAGCAAGGACGCCGAAGAAGUCGAAAUCCGUUCCCUUGACGAAUCCUACAAUGGCAAGACGGUCAUCGUGCGUGCCUGGCUCCAAAACUCUCGCGUCCAGAGUGCCAAGAUGGGCUUUGUCGAGCUCCGCAAGGGGGGCAACUGGAACAUCCAGGGAGUCGUACUGGCCUCCGAGGAGGAGCCCAUUGUCAGUCGACGCAUGGUCAAAUGGAUUACCAGCAUCAACCCCGAGAGCUUCGUUGCUGUUGAAGCCAAGGUGAAGCAACCUCUCGAGCCCGUCAAGAGCUGCCGAGUCUCGGGACUCGAGCUUCACAUCACAAAGUGCUUCGUCCUCGCGCCGGCUCCCACCAUGCUUGGCAUGACCCUGGGCGCUGCAAGCCAGCCCAUCGUCAACUUCAGCGACGAGAAGGCCCAAGCGGGAGAUGUUGACGCCGAGAAGGCUGCUAAGCCCGCUGCCGAGACUACGACGCCAGCCGCCAGCAUGCUCACCCAUCUUGACAACAUUGCCAUGCACAAGCGCGCUCCUGUUCAGCAGGCCAUUGCGGACAUCCGCAUUCAAGUGAAGAGAAUCUUCCGUUCAUACCUCGAAGACCGCGGAUUCAAGGAAUUUGAGCCGCCUUGCCUUAUCGGCGCAGCGUCCGAGGGCGGUGGCAAUGUCUUCCGACUCGCAUACUUCGGCGAGGAGGCUUUCCUCGCCCAAUCGCCUCAGUUCUACAAGCAAUUCGAGAUUGCAGGAGGCAGAGAGCGUGUGUUUAGCAUCGGUCCCGUCUUCAGAGCUGAAAACUCCAACACCCCGAGACACAUGACCGAGUUCACGGGCCUUGAUGUUGAGAUGGAAAUCAAGCAUUCCUACACCGAGGUUCUUACCACAUUGGAGGGCGUGUUGUUGUCCAUCUUCCGUGGUAUCCAAGAGCGAUGUGCGGACGAAAUCGAAACGGUUCGAUCCGUCUACCACUCGGAACCGCUCCUCCUUCCCGAGCCCGGCAAAGAAGUCCGCUUGACCUUCGCCGAGGCACAGAAGCUUCUGCGAGAAGAAGGCCCCGCCGAAUUUGCAAACGUACGGGACGAUGAAGAUAUGAGCACCCCCCAAGAGAAGGCUCUUGGUGAAGUCGUACGUCUCAAGUACAAGACGGACUUUUACGUCAUUGACAAGUUCCCUGAGACGGCUCGGCCGUUUUAUGCCAAGGUUGAUGAUGCGGGUACCACGGUUGGAGACGGUGUUCGUGUCACGAAUGCCUUCGACUUCUUCAUCCGUGGACAGGAGGUGCUCUCCGGCGGUCAACGUAUUCACGACCCGGCUGAACUCGAGGACCGUAUCCGCGCCAAGGGUGUUGACCCUGAAAGCGGCGGCAUCAAGGAGUACCUUACAACGUUCCGCCAGGUCGGUGUGCCGCCGCAUGGUGGAGGUGGUAUUGGUCUUGAUCGUGUGGUUGCUUGGUUCCUGGCAUUGCCCAGCGUUCACCUCGCAGCGUACUACCCUCGCACUCCCAAGAGACUGCUGCCGUAA